CGAUCUCCGGUUCGCAUUCAUCACUCGUCGUUGUGAGAAUGGUGGCUUUGAUUUCUUCGACGAUGGCUGAAGCUGAACUUUUCAACACAGUAAUAUACUUUGAGACUCAUUCCCAUAUACCUAUAUAUAUACACACUCCAAAUCAAAUUAAAGCAUCGUCUAAUCCUACAUUCUCUGCACUCGAAUUCAUGCUUUCACCAUGGCUGCACUUGCUAUCAGCUCCGCACAGCUCCUGCUGCAGAUCGUCAUUCCUUUGCUGGAGCACCUCGACAUCGGGAAGAAGGUGAAGCCCGACAUCGACAUCAUGACGAGCUGGCUGGGCACGACCAGGGCCUUCAUCGAAGAAUACGAUGGCCGUGAAGAUCAGGGCAGGAUGCUCCAAGAUUACACCAACAAAGUUCGAGAGAUCGUUUACGACAUCGAAGAUGUUCUCGACCAGUUCGUCCGCCACACGCCGCCCUAUUUCUUUCACCAAAGCCACUUCACUCGGAAGGCUCGCCGAAUAGCACACAACGUCAAGCACAGUUUCCCGCUCUACGGAAUCUCCGACGACAUUGCCGGAAUCAUGAGACGCAUCGACCACCUCCGAUCCCCGUCCCUAGCAUUCUCCGAAGCCUCUUCCAGCUCAAGACCGCCGUCGCCGCGGCGGACGAGUUCCAGUUACGGUGUUGGGCACCAUGUUAUGAGCCCUCUCGAUCUCCUCGACCGCGAAAUGGUUGGGUAUGAACAGCAUAAAUCCGAUUUGAUUCGUCUGUUGUCGGCCGACUCCCCGGCGGUAGUGAAGCUGGCCGUGGUGGGUCCUAGUGGCUCCGGGAAGACAACAUUCGUCAAAAACGUUUACUGGAAGAACGAAAUUAGGGCAAGAUUCGAUUGCCAUGCUUGGGUUCACGUGGGGCGACGCCAUGUCGUCGGAGAUAUCUUCGACAGUUUGGUGCGGCAGUUUGGGCUGUGGGAUGAUUCUCUCCACAGUGAUCUCAACCACUCACGUAAGCUCGAGAAGCUUCGAAAUUUCCUACGUGGGAAGAAGUACCUCGUCGUUCUCGACGAUCUCUGGCGAGAGAUCGAUCAGAGCUACAUUGAGAAUGUAUCGGUGGGCAGCAGAGUGAUCGUGACGACCACCAUCUCAAGCAUCGCCUCCGCCAUUGCAUCUUCCCCGAACAGAAUACUAAAAUUGAAAGGCUUAGAUUGGCUGGACGGAUGGAGACUCUUCUGCAAAAGGGCCUUCCCCGACACCAAUGGCGAAUGCCCUCCGGAGUUGAAGGAUUGCUCCAACAGAAUCGUCGAGCUGUGCGAGAGACUUCCGAGUACUAUCAAGGCCGUCGGAGAUGCACUCGCCCACCGGAGAAGGCUCCCCGGUGAAUGGGAGAUGUUCCUCAAGAAUCUUGGCUCCAACAUGAAAAAUUCAUCCACCUUGAAUGUUGUCCACAAUGCUCUCUCGCAGCGCUACAUGGAUCUCCCCGGGGAUCUCAAGUGUUGUUUCUUGUACUUUAGUGUCUUCCCGGAGGACUCUUCUAUAGAGCGUGGGAGGCUGACUCGCCUAUGGGUUGCCGAGGGCUUCGCAAGGACAACUUCUACGCAAACAGCCGAGGAGGUUGCCGAUGAUUAUCUCAAUGAACUGAUUCACAGAAAUCUGAUUGAUGUAUCCCGAUUGGAUUUGGAUGACCGCCCCAGAAACUUCCGAGUCCCUAGCCAUGUCCUAAAGUUCAUCAUCCACAAAUGCGAGGAAGAAAACUUUACUUCAAUCUUCAAAGAUGACAAUUCAAGUCGGAGUCAGAAGAUUCGACGCUUAUCAGUCCACCAUAAUCAUGCCGGUUUUCCUGCAAACAAACGGUUCGAUUGUGUCCGGUCCAUUUUCUUGAUGAGAUUGCUCGGAGCAUCAGCUUCUGAUUUCAAUAACUAUCUAAGCAGUAUGACGUUGCUAAGAGUGUUUGAUUUUCAAGCUGCACCUCUCACAGAGUUCCCCAAGGGGUUCUAUGAUCUCACACUUGUAAAGUAUCUCUGUUUCAGAGGAACCAAAAUUAAGACAAUUCCAGGUUCGAUAAAGAGGCUUUCGCACCUUGAAACAUUGGAUCUUAAGCAAACUGAUGUGGAGGAGCUUCCGAAACAGAUUUCUUAUUUGCACAAACUCCGGCAUCUCUUCUGCUACAAGUAUUGUAUAUCCAACUAUAUCGCCUUCGAAUCAACACAAGGCAUUAAGAUGCACGGAGGAAUCGAUAAUCUAACAAGUUUACAGGAUUUAUCACUGGUAAAAGUGGACGAACGUGGUAGAAUCCUCAAAGAUUUGCAAAAACUGAACCAAAUAAGGAAGCUUGGAUUGACGAGGCUAAGGGAAAGCCAUGGCCUGGAUUUAUGCACAGCUGUUGAAGGAAUGAAGCAUCUUCAAACAUUGGAUGUCUGCACAUUCAGUAAGGAAGAAUAUCUCGAAUUGGGAUAUGUAAGUGUAACCAAUGCUCCUCGAAUGAUCCAACGCUUGUACUUGAAAGGGCGCCUGAGGAGACUGCCGCCAUGGAUCUCUUCGCUCGAUAAUCUGCGUAAAGUUGGUCUCAUGUGGUCCAAAUUGUCCGGCAAUCCGUUGCCGGCGCUCGGCCGGUUGCGUAACUUGAUGGAGCUUCAGCUGGUCGACUGUUACGUCGGCGAGGAGUUGGCAUUCGAGAAGCUGUGGUUCGAGAGGCUAAGGAAUUUGGUGAUCGAAGAAUUGGGGGAAGUCAACACCAUUUGUAUAGAAGAUGGAGCAAUGGCUGAUCUGAGAAAGCUGUCGCUCCGCAAGUGCCCCCGGCUGACGAUGCGUCCCUUAGGAAUCGAGAAUCUCCGAAAAGUGGAAGAGCUCAAUCUGUACGACAUGGAUGAAAAAUUGGUUGCGGGGAUUGGGAGGAGAGGCGAGGAUUAUUACGCUGUUAAACACAUACCUGUGGUUAACGUCUUCACUCUCGAUACGCGCCAUGGCUCAUUUAAGAGGAGGUCGAUUUGAUCACAAUCCGUAUAUUGAUGCCCAUCAUGGUUCGCCGUCAAACGGCGUUGCCGAUCAGCCUUUACCUGAGCUGUAUAUCUGUCGCAUAUCGGCCUAUAUGAUUUUUUAUAUAAAAUUUAUAUUUUUUAAAAAAAUAAUAAAUAAAUAAUUAAAAUACAUCAAAUUAUAAAUAUAAUUAAUUUAAAAAUAUAUUGAAAAAAUAUAUUAUAAUUUAUAGUAGAUUA